UCAUUGUGAUUCACCAGUAAGUACGAGAUGAACAUCCUCUGUCAGUGACAAUGUUACGACAUAUUUAUACGUACGUGUGCUUCAAUUAAAUUGUUUAGUUGUACUUAAUUUACCUUGCAUGUCAUGGAUAGCCCUUACUAUAACGUUAACUCUGUUCGCGGUAAAAAUUUGAAAGGACCCCGUGGAGUUACUGCAGAGCAGGUUAAUCAAUAUGAAAGUUUAAAACGUGGUAUAGAUAAUAAUAUUGACACUUAUGAUGAUCUACAAUUAAAAAAAGACAACUUACAUGUCAAGGAAUUGAAAUCAAACAAAAAAUAUUGGUUGUGCUGUUUACUGGGAUUAUUUAUUGGAUGCUGUGUUGCAAGUUCUGUGUUUUUGGCUGUUAUAUUGACUAGAAAUAAUAAUGAAUGUAUGGCAUUAAGCGACAGGUGUCCUGUUUCCAAUGGUUACAUAUUGUAUGCUGAUUUAUGUUUUUGCUUUAAGUACAUUAACACAGAGUUACGGUAUGAUAAUGCCACGAUGCAAUGUUUGUUCGAUGGAGCUGAGCUAGCAAGAAUAGACACAGAAGUCUUACAAAAAAGAAUGGAAACAUAUCUAGACACAGUUGACAACGGUGAAGUGUGGAUUCAAGGUUUGUUAGACAACACUAGUGGAACAUCUGUUUGGAAAUAUAACGAUGGAACGGAAAUGACGUAUUUUAAUUGGAACUCAGCAUUAAACCAACCGCAACUCACGCCUGGUGAAAUAUACGUGCUAAUUAGGAAAUCACAGGGAUAUAGGUGGCACGAUGGACAUGCAUUUGCUCGUCUGGGAACAUUGUGUCAAAUUGUAUAACAUUUUACUUACCGUAAAUUAUUGAGAACAGUGUCAAACUUGUAUACACAUUUAAACUAUAAUAGAUUGAAAUCAAUAUUGUAAAAUCCAUGAAAUGUUUGGUGGUUAUAAAUGCCUUGUAUCUGGUUUAUAAAUCUGACCAAACAUACGGAAAAGUGACAAUAAAAUGUUACGCAAAUGAACACAUACCAGAAUAUGACUAAGACACAUAAAGUAUUUAAACACCUCUUGAAUUUAUAUUGAUAGACAAUUGGAAACUAGGACAUACAAUAAACACAAAUAAUUUUUCCUAUUGUAAACUUCAUGUUUUAGCAGUUCUAUUUCAUUAAAAAUGUCGGAAGUUUACAAUAGAUUUGACAUU